AUGGCUUCCAUUGCGCGCACAGCUCUGCUUCGGCAGACGGUCUCUAUGGCAGCACCUGCUUCUCGAUUCUCGUCCACCAUCCGCCUGAGCCCGGCAGCUCUGAAGAAAAUCUGUGGCGUGGCGGCUUUCCACGCCUCCAGCCGGCGAAACCUGCUGCCGCCUGGCCCUCAGAUCGUUCACGGUACCGUGAACGAUGCCGAGCCGAUCCCCGCGUCCGACGCGAGCCACGGCUCCUAUCACUGGACGUUUGAGCGGCUCGUCGCCGCCGGCCUCGUCCCCCUGACACUGGCGCCGUUUGCUGCCGGCUCACUCAACCCGACCACAGACGCGAUCCUGUGCGCGACGGUCCUCGUGCACACGCACAUGGGUCUCUCGACCAUCCUCGUUGACUACGUGCCGACGUGGGGCUACCCCAAGUUGCGCAAGGGCCUCACCUGGGGCCUGAACGCCAUCACCGCGCUGGUCGGCCUGGGCCUGUACGAGUUUGAGACGAACGACGUUGGCGUCACCGAGCUCGUCAGCAAGCUGUGGAAGGCAUAG